ACGUGCUAGGUAUUAUAGUAGAAGUACAAGGUCAAUUUCGGAAUAGUGUGAAAAUUUUCACUUGUUUAAGCAGUGGCAGGAGACGACGACACCAACGACUAAUCCCUCCAGUCAUCGUAUGCCCAGUCUCACUCCACUGCCGAUCGUCUCCAUUUCACGAAUGGCCAGAAGUCUAGGAGGAUUUCUGGUGCUGCUCGCAGCAGCAUUGAUCUACUCGGCUUCAGUCGCAUCCGCUGCUUCGAUCUUUCAACCGAUUUCUGACUCUCACCGAUCCGCUGCUUUGGAGCUUUUCUCUCCUCGUGAUGGCUCCUUUGGAAGUUUGGAAGAAACAUAUGAGGCACUCAGGACAUUUGAGGUUCUUGGAAUCGAUAAAAGUGUUGCAGCUUGUCAAUUAGUAUCAGAAAGCCUGAAGUCAUCAUCUUCUGCUUCAAAAGAUUUAUUCUUUGCAUUAAAAGUGAAUGGAAUAUUAAAAUGUGAGAUCAAUGACGGGGUUUAUGAGGGCAUUAUUUCAAAACUGAAAUCUUCCGUCAGCAGUGCAAGUUCGUUGCUUGAUUUCUACCAUUCAAUAGGAAGUCUGGUACUUAUCAAGGAUCAAACAUCUAAAGAUGAUGUGCAUCUUGGAGAUGCUGAAGGAACUUUUCACUCCAUUAAGGCUUUGAGCCAGAGUGAUGGAAGAUGGCGCUAUAGUUUCAAUAAUCCCGAGUCCAGUACCUUUGCUGCAGGUUUAGCACUUGAAGCGCUUGCUGGAGUGGUGUCAUUAUCGUCUUCUGAGAUUGAUCAAUCUCUGAUUGGGACAACUAAAAAUGAUAUAUUGAAGUUGUUUGACAGCAUUGAGAAGUAUGAUGAUGGGGCUUUUUUCUUUGAUGAGAAACUGGUUGAUGCAAAUGAAUAUCGAGGUCCUCUUUCAACCACAUCAUCUGUUGUUAGAGGAUUUACUGCAUUUGAAGCUGUGACUCCGGGAAGCUUAAAUCUUCCAGGUGACAAAAUUGUUGGUUUGGCAAAGUUUUUCCUGGGCAUUGGAAUUCCUGGUGAUGCCAAAGACUUAUUCAACCAAGUAGACUCCUUGAGUCGCUUGGAGAGCAAUAGGGUUUCCAUCCCUCUGAUUUUAUCGCUUCCAGCAACAGUGCUGUCAUUGACAAAGAAGGAACCACUUAAGGUUAAGGUGAAUACUGUGCUUGGUUCAAAUGCACCUCCCUUGAUGGUAAAACUUGUAAGAGUUUCCAGUUCUGGUUCAAAGGAUGCUCCCAUAAUUGAGAACCAGGAACUCAGCUUUGACGAUGAAAGAGCAGAGCAUUUCUUGGAUGGUUUAUCAAAGAGUUUUGAUGUUGGAAUUUACAUUUUUGUUUUUGAGGCGGUGCUCCAUGAUCCUGAGCAGGCAAAAGUUUAUACCUUGGGAAGCGAAACCGAAGUUCCAGUUUUUUUCACAGGAGUUGUUGAAGUUGAUAAUGCUGAAAUUGAAGUGCUUGAUAGUGACCAUGGGCUUGCAGAGAGCCAAAGGAAACUAGAUUUAGCUGGAGAAGAUCUUGUAUCACUAUCAGCAAACCACCUCCAGAAGCUGCACCUCUCUUUUAAAUUGACCACUCCUCUUGGCCAUGCUUUUAGGCCACACCAGGCAAUUCUUAAGUUGAGACAUGAAACUGGUGUUGAGCAUAUCCUUUUGGUGGGGAACUCGGGACGGAAGUUUGAUAUAAUUCUAGAUUUUCUUGGACUCGUUGAGAAAUUUUACUAUCUAUCUGGCAGAUAUGACAUUCAGUUGACUGUUGGUGAUGCAGUCAUGGAGAACUCUUUCUUAAAGGUUAUUGGUCAUGUAGACCUAGACCUACCAGAACCACCUGAAAAGGCACCCCGUCCUCCCCUGCAGCCAGUUGAACUAUACUCAAGAUACGGCCCAAAGGCUGAGAUAACCCACAUCUUUAGGGCACCUGAAAAGCGUCCGCCUGAGGAGCUCUCCCUUGCUUUCUUGGGUCUUACACUUGUGCCAUUCAUUGGAUUCUUAAUUGGGCUUUUACGUCUAGGGAUAAACCUGAAGAAUUUCCCUUCUUCACCUAUACCUGCUACAUUUGCCAUCCUCUUCCAUUUUGGAAUCGCAGCAGUUCUGUCGCUCUAUGUGCUUUUCUGGCUAAAGUUGGAUCUUUUUACAACAUUGAAAGCGCUUGGUUUCUUGGGAGCUUUCCUGAUGUUUGUUGGACACAGAACCCUUUCCUACCUGGCAUCAACGUCAACCAAGGUGAAAUCUGCUUGAAGACACCAUGAAAACCCAACUACUGAGCUAGGAUAAAAGUGAGGAACGAGUGAAACACUGUUAGACAGUUUGACUCAAUUUUGUAGGAUUUUAUUUGAUGAACCUUAUAUUCUGUUGAGUAUUUUACUACACAUUUAUUUGAAAGAAGAAAAAAAAAAAAUUUUAUAGAGUCAAUGACUUUCUCAUCUAUUGGAUUUCCCUUUCAAGCU